AUGUCGGAAAGAGAUACACUGCCUGAUAUUUUGUACAAUGAUCUAUCUCAAGCUUUCAAAAUUGUUGAUCGAAAUGGUGAUGGACAUCUGGAUCCUGAUGAAAUAGCACUACGAAUGUCUAAAAUAUUUAAUAAAAUUACUAAAGAAGAAGUCAGACUUCUACUGGAUACAGUAAAGAUGGACGAAGAUCAAACAUUAGAUUGUGAAGAAUUCGGUGCUCUUUUAAGGUCUGGGUUUUCUGAAGCAAGGAAGUAAAAGACAAUAACUAUACUUCCUUUCUGAACUAUACUAUUUUUUGUUAAUAACGUCAGUUUUAUUUAUUGUUCUUACCAUGGUUUGGUCAUACAUUUUAAGUUGACUAUAAUAAGCACUAUUAUACUUUCAUUAUACGUUAAAUAACAUGUACUUUAUUAUUCUAUUGUGAUGAAAAAUGCUUAAAUAAAUUCCCCAUAUAAAAUGUUUUCUCUAAAUAAUACUUUUUGAACUCAUAAUUUGAAACCGAUAAUAAUGCAAACUUAAAGUUGUUUCGUUUCAAAUUUGGCUAAGACUUUAUGAAGAGAUUCAACUACUUUCUUGAAAGACACGUUGUACUGUUAAGAGAAAAUUAGUACUCCAUAAUGGAAUAGA